UCGCAAAGCGCUCUCUCUCACGUUUCUCUUCUCUCUUCCUCUCGCGCUCUCCCUCAAUAGAGCGUUCAGCUACAAACGAGAGGAGGAAAGGAAGAAACAGAAAGAAAGCAAAUCGUAAAUAUUUUUAUAUGAAAUUAGAAAGAUAGAUACGUCUUCACACGUCGAGACAUCGAAAUAAUACUUAUUUAAUUAUUAAUCAUAAAAAAAGAGAAGAAAAAAACAAAAGUACGAAUUGGAAGGUCAGAAGCCUCGGACGAACCAAGAGCAUCCAAAACCAGAACCUUCAUUACGCGACGUCGUUUUGAUCGGAGCUCUUUCUCCCUCUUUCUCUCCUUCCUCCGUCGAUCGAGUUCUUCAGGAAUCGGAUUCAACCAAAGCCCAGAUUUUUAAGCGAUUUUGAUUUCCCCUUUUUGUUAGGGUUAGGGUUUUCGCGAUGAUCGCUGUCUCUUGAUUUUUCUCAAACGGAGGUUCGGUUUCGAAGGGUUAGGGCAAUCCGAGGAAUGGAAUCGCCCGGUGGUAAUUCCGAGGCGUACAGGAGUCCUUCUUCGUCUUCUAAUUCUUCAUCGAGCAGUAGUGGUGGUAGUAGUGGUUCCAGAAGAUUCGGAUUGCUAUCUGCUUCCAACGUAUUCCAGGCGCCUCUCUCCGCGUUGUUGGAAUACUCGGGAAUUCUCCGCGGCGGCGGCCGUUCGAAUCAUCAGGAGACCGAGGGAUUGAUCAGCGGACGCGUCUUGGGUUUCAGGGACCAUCUCAACGAGCCCGCGGCGGCUUCCGGCAAUGAUGGGGAGGUUUCGAUCAGGAUAAUUGGGGCGACAGAGCAGGAGCAUGAUAGGGAAGGGACUGGCUUGGUUGUUGGGCAGGCGAGGGAAGCUGCCACCUCGUCGAAUGACGUCGUUGCUCCUCAUUCUGUGGCGGCUGAGUUGGCGCCGGACGCUCUGGGGGAUUCUCGGGCUGACCGGGGCAUCGGAGAGGGAAUUUCACAGUCGUUGAAUGGGAAUGGAGAUGGAGGGGAUGGAGGAGGAGGAGGAGGUGGUGGUAGUGGUAAUGGCAGGGAUUCGUCUUACCAGAGAUACGACAUUCAGCAGGCUGCUAGGUGGAUUGAGCAGGUUCUGCCCUUUUCUUUGCUUCUGUUGGUGGUCUUUAUCCGGCAGCAUUUGCAAGGUUUCUUUGUCACAAUAUGGAUUGCUGCUGUUAUGUUCAAGUCGAACGAUAUUGUAAGAAAACAGACGGCUUUAAAGGGAGAGAGGAAAGUGUCUGUUCUUAUUGGCAUCUGUCUUGCAUUCACGGUUCAUGUUGUUGGUGUUUACUGGUGGUAUCAAAAUGACGAUCUUUUGUACCCAUUAGUGAUGCUUCCUCCCAAAGUAAUACCACCUUUCUGGCAUGCUGUUUUCAUCAUCAUGGUGAAUGAUACCCUGGUUCGGCAGGCAGCAAUGGUUUUCAAGUGUCUUUUAUUGAUAUAUUACAAAAACAGCAGGGGCCGAAAUUAUCGUAAGCAGGGUCAAAUGCUAACUUUGAUCGAGUAUCUGCUGCUUCUUUACCGUGCCUUAUUGCCAACACCGGUCUGGUACCGUUUCUUCUUGAAUAAAGAAUAUGGAAGCCUCUUUUCAUCACUAAUGACAGGAUUGUAUUUAACUUUCAAGCUCACGUCUGUUGUUGAAAAGGUGCAAUCCUUCUUUGCUGCACUGAAAGCUUUAUCGCGUAAAGAAGUGCACUAUGGAGCAUAUGCAACAUCUGAACAGGUGAAUGCAGCUGGUGAUCUAUGUGCUAUAUGCCAAGAGAAGAUGCAUGUUCCUAUCCUACUUCGCUGCAAGCACAUCUUUUGUGAGGACUGUGUAUCAGAAUGGUUCGAGAGGGAACGGACCUGUCCUUUGUGCAGGGCUUUGGUCAAACCUGCAGAUCUUAGAUCAUUUGGCGAUGGGUCAACUAGUCUAUUUCUUCAGUUGUUUUGAAAAGCUUAUUGUCAAACCAGGGAGUUUUUCUGCUUUGAAGCUUGGAAUUCUCAAAGCAGCCUUCUUCCAUUCUUACAAAUGCACAGGUAAAUUUGAUUGUAUUGCCUUGUUCACGGGUUUCCCUUGCAAAGUAAUUUAAACUGGUUGCAUAGAGUUAACUGGCUAUUGUUCAUAUGGUUGUGUCGAAGAAGUUAAAAGUGUAAAGUAAUGGCUUAUUUACCGACUGAGGAAUCACCUCUCCAGGACUAACGUAUCACUGUUCAUUUGCUGUGGAAUGAAAGUUUCCCCUGCCUUUUUUUUAAAAAAA